CGGCCGCCGGCUCAUGCCUUAGAGGCGUGGAUCAACCUUUCCCUUCUCAUCCCCCAUUCACGAUCGGCAAUCUCGCGACCUUCCUUCCGUGGCAGCAACGACACCUCGCGGAUUUAUUCUUCUUCGGCAACAGAGAGAGAGAGAGAAGAUGGGGUGGAUCGGAGGAGCAGUGGAUUCCAUCAAAUCUCUACAGAUCAGACAAGUUCUCUCCCAAGCCGUCUGUCUCGGUAUGAUUGUCACGUCAGCACUGAUAAUAUGGAAAGGGUUAAUGUGUAUAACUGGUAGUGAAUCACCUGUUGUUGUUGUGCUUUCUGGUAGCAUGGAACCUGGCUUCAAAAGGGGUGACAUUUUGUUUUUGCAUAUGAGCAAGGAUCCUAUUCGGGCAGGAGAAAUUGUCGUGUUUAAUGUGGACGGACGUGAAAUCCCAAUUGUUCAUCGAGUAAUCAAGGUUCAUGAGCGCCAGGACACUGGAGAAGUUGAUGUUCUGACAAAAGGGGAUAAUAAUUUUGGCGAUGAUAGGUUGCUCUAUGCACAAGGCCAGCUUUGGUUGCAAAGACACCAUUUCAUGGGGAGAGCUGUUGGAUUCUUACCAUAUGUUGGUUGGGUGACCAUUAUCAUGACUGAGAAACCUAUCAUCAAGUAUUUGCUUAUAGGUGCACUGGGACUGCUGGUCAUAACUUCAAAGGACUAGAAAAUUCUAACGCAUAUUGUUGUGUUUACACUAUACUUUUUAUUGUUGUGUUUACACUAUACUUUUAUUAUUACAUCAAUCCUUUUAUUAUUA